GGGUCAGACCCUUGUCGAAUUGACCUGGAAUGCCCCAUAUAUAUACCUAUAUGUGAUUCUCUCUUUCUAUUAGCGCGGGACGGCGCGCUCUAGGGGUUCGUUCACACAUUUAUCCUCCGUGGCCAGUGAAGAAGCACAGGCUGUGACAAGUGCCUAAACUGUUAUCUGAUUGGUAGAAACGGCGCUGUCACUUUUUGAAUCCUUGGGCCUGAUGCUUUGGCACGUUGACUGAAGUAUAUUCUUGAGUCACGCCUAUAAGUUGCUUGCGAGUCGAAUGAGUUGGGUUGAGUUUAUAAGCCGGAAUAUCCGUGAUUAUAUUGAGGUUAAGUUAUGUCGGAGCUCAUUGAUUUGGCUUGGUCAAAUGAACGUGCUUAUGUAUGGAGUGCGGAAGAACGGAAUUCCGGAUGAUCAGAAGAAAUAUUUCAUGGACAUCGUAUGGAAACAUCCAGGGGAAUUAGCUGCCGAUCCGCAAUUCUUUGUCGAAGGACUUCCACGAUUCGAUGUUCAGCAAAAUCAUCUCAACGAUUGUUGGCCAAUCGCUUGUUUGUGCAGUCUUGCAAUGCACCCGAGAUUAUUGUAUCAAGUUGUACCGCAGGAUCAAGGCUUCGAGGAGGCGAAGUAUGCUGAAAUAUUUCACUUCAGAUCCUUCUGUACGGGACGUUCGCGUUCCAUGCUAAAUCGACAAACGUUAAUCUCCCAAAGACUUUUUAUUAUUUAAAGUCGAAUAAAGUUUCACCGUG